CUUUAGGCUCAGGAAGGACAGAGAGGGGCUCUCAGACAUAUAACAAUGGAAGAAUAAGGCCAUUUCCAAGCUCAGUCUCUCCCACCUCUUCUCUUCAAAAUCAUACCCAAAGAGAUCAAAAUAAAGGCAAAAGGGGAUGCUCAUCUUCUUCCUUCCUUGUAUAUGAAGUCUCUUUACAUGAAAUGUGAAAGAUGCUUCAUCAAGCUUCUCAGAUUCCCUUUGCUUUCCUCCCCUUUCCCGGAAAAUUGAAACCCGCUUUUACCCGUGUGCUUAAAUCCUCUCGCCUUCCAUCCUAGCGUUUCCUAUCAGUAUUCCAUCCAAAAGACACUCUCUUGAAGGUUUAGCAUGUUACCCUUCAUCGUCCUUGCGAUUUAUUUUCUUCUGAGUCCGCCUUGCUUGUCUUCUCCAGUGAGCGACUUCGAUGCCUUGGUUGCACUGAGACAAGGAUUCCAGUUCCCGGAACCCGCUUUAAUCAGCUGGAACACCUCCAAUCCGAGCUCGGUCUGUUUGUGGGCCGGGGUUCGGUGCUUGAAGGGUCGGGUCAUCUCACUCGACUUGACGGACUUGAAUCUCUAUGGUUCUGUGUCACCGCUGGUAUUGAGACUGGACCAUCUAGUCGAGCUGUCCCUUGCAGGCAACAACUUCACUGGCACGAUCAGGAUUGAGAAUCUGGUCAGUCUUCGGUUUCUGAACAUCUCAAACAAUCAGUUCAGUGGUGAUUUGGAUUGGAACUACUCGAGCAUCCCGAGCUUGGAGGUGUUCGAUGCUUAUAACAACAACUUCACGGCUGCCCUUCCAACUGGGGUCCUCGGUUUGAGUGGCCUCAGGCUCUUGAACCUCGGGGGAAAUUACUUCUAUGGGGAAAUCCCGGAAAGCUACGGGAAUCUGGUGGGCUUGGAGUACCUUUCUCUUGCAGGUAACGACCUCCGGGGGAAAAUCCCAGGGGAAUUGGGAAACUUGACGAACCUUCGAGAGAUCUACUUGGGCUAUUACAACGUCUUCGAUGGUGGGAUUCCGAAGGAGUUCGGGAAAUUGGUUAAUCUUGUCCACAUGGACCUCUCGUCCUGUGACUUGGACGGGCCAAUCCCGCAUGAGCUGGGGAACCUGAGAGCCCUUGACACGCUCUACCUGCAUAUCAACCGCCUUUCUGGAGCAAUCCCAAAGCAGCUCGGCAACUUGACGAGCUUGGUGAACUUGGACCUUUCCAAUAAUGCGCUGACUGGAGAAAUCCCGCUCGAGUUCGUGAACCUCAAGAGGCUCAAGCUCUUCAACCUUUUCAUGAACCGGUUACAUGGAUCGAUCCCUGAGUUUAUUGCAGAUCUCCCGAGCCUGGAAACUCUAGCCCUGUGGAUGAACAACUUCACGGGUGAGAUUCCUAGGAACCUCGGGCAGAAUGGGAGGAUUCAGCUGUUCGACUUGUCAUCGAACAAGCUCACUGGGACGAUUCCCCCUGAUCUAUGCUUACAAAACCAGCUUGAGAUACUCAUAUUGCUCAAGAAUUUCCUGUUCGGACAGAUCCCCGAAGAGCUCGGGAAGUGCACGAGUCUAGUUCGUGUGAGGCUGGGGCAGAACUACUUAAAUGGGACCAUUCCUGGUGGCUUCAUCUACCUUCCUCAGCUGAAACUCAUGGAGCUGCACAACAAUUACCUCUCGGGGACAGUGUCCGAGAAUACCAAUUCGACGUUCAAGCCCAUCAAUCUGGGUCAGCUCAAUCUGGCUAACAAUCAGCUCUCCGGUCCUUUACCAUCUUCUCUAUCGAACUUCUCUUCCCUCCAAAUCCUUCUCUUGAGUGGCAACCAAUUCUCGGGUCCAAUCCCGCCAUCUCUAGGGGAGCUCCACCAGGUGCUAAAGAUCGAUCUUAGUCAGAGCUCGCUCUCAGGUGAGAUUCCACCUGAGAUCGGAAACUGCGACCAUCUUACGUUCCUCGACUUGAGCCAGAACAAUCUCUCCGGGUCAAUCCCAUCCGAAAUCUCGAACAUUCGUAUCUUGAAUUACUUGAAUGUGUCCAGAAACCAUCUCAACGAGACGGUGCCCAAGUCAAUCGGUACCAUGAAGAGCCUCACGACUGUUGAUUUCUCCUUCAACGAUCUCUCAGGCAAACUUCCGGAGUCGGGGCAAUUCGCUUUCUUCAACGCAUCUUCCUUUGCCGGCAACCCUCGGCUGUGCGGGUCCCUCAUUAGCAACCCGUGCAAUUUCACUGCGAUCCCGAGUGGCCCCCAUAAGAACUCCUCGAACUUUAAGCUCAUAUUCGCACUUGGGCUCCUCCUCUGCUCUCUAGUAUUCGCGGCAGCUGCAAUAAUUAAGGCCAAGUCGUUUAAGAGGAGCGGUCCCACCAGUUCAUGGAAGAUGACGGCCUUCCAGAAGCUCGAUUUCACGGUCUCGGACAUCCUCGAAUGCGUGAAAGACGGGAAUGUGAUUGGCAGAGGCGGAGCAGGGAUCGUCUAUCACGGGAAAAUGCCAAACGGAGUGGAGAUCGCCGUCAAGAAACUUCUCGGGUUUGGGACAAACAGCCACGACCACGGGUUCCGGGCAGAGAUCCAGACGCUAGGCAACAUCAGGCACCGGAACAUUGUGAGGCUGCUGGCAUUCUGCUCGAACAAGGAGACGAAUCUCCUCGUGUACGAGUACAUGAGGAAUGGGAGCUUAGGGGAGGCGCUACACGGGAAGAAGGGCGGGUUCCUAGGAUGGAACCUGAGGUACAAGAUCGCCAUCGAGGCCGCGAAGGGCCUCUGCUACCUCCACCACGACUGUUCUCCGCUGAUUGUCCACCGUGACGUGAAGUCCAACAACAUACUCCUGAACUCGAGCUUCGAGGCCCACGUAGCAGAUUUCGGGCUCGCGAAAUUCCUGGUGGACGGGGGUGCUUCGGAGUGCAUGUCCGCGAUCGCAGGAUCAUACGGCUACAUUGCUCCAGAGUACGCGUACACGCUACGGGUCGAUGAGAAGAGCGAUGUCUACAGCUUCGGAGUUGUCCUCUUGGAGCUCCUGACGGGUCGACGGCCCGUGGGGGACUUCGGCGAGGGCGUGGACAUCGUCCAAUGGAGCAAACGAGCGACCGGGUGCAGGAAGGAAGAGGCAGACCGCAUCGUCGACCCCAGGCUGACCCUGGUGCCAAGGGAUGAGGCCGAGCAUCUCUUCUUCAUCGCCAUGCUCUGCGUCCAGGACAACAGCGUGGAGCGACCCAAUAUGAGGGAGGUCGUCCAGAUGUUGUCAGAGUACCCCAAAAACGUCUCCCCAGACCACAGCGGCCACCAGUCGUCCUCGUCCUCGGCCUCUCGGACCACGAAACAGGCCCAAAGCAAUGGCCCGGAAAAGGAACAAAGCCAUCUAAACUCCAAACAACAAGUUCUUUUGGUUUAAAACAUAAAUAAUCCGAGGUUUUCUCUAGAGUAAUUUACAAACGGGGUGUCUUUAUAACGGGGUUUAAAUUUCUUAAUUUCCUUUUAAAACUAAUAUUAUCUUCUUCUUCUUUUUUCUUGUGAAUCUUUUUGUUUUUGUUUCUUUUAGGGUUCUUUUGUGGGAACAAGCGAAAGUAGAGACGUAGGAAUGAUAUAUAAUAUAUAUAUAUUUUUUUAGAGAGUUGGGUGGGUGCACUUCUUUUUAAGGGGGAAUUUCUCUUUUUUGGCACGUAGAAGGGCUUUGCAUAUAUGGCUUUUAAUGAGGGCCAUACAAAUUGUACGCUUACUUUGUGUAUUACAUUUCCAAUCAAUACAUGUUAAUUAUAUUGGUAAUGGCAA